CGCAAUGAUUCCGCGCAUGCGAGACGUAUUGAUCUUUUGAAAAGAAAAAAUAAUUAUUAAUUUUAGUGAUUGGAAUGUACAUUUUUAUUUCAAAUUUAAUUUUUUUGCAAUAAUCCUGUUUUCAAACCUGAUUUAGAUGUCUUAUUUAUAAUUUAUAGAACAUUCCCGAUCGUGCAAAUGAAAAUACUUCCGCUGCAAAAAGUAGUGCCUUAAGUUGUGUCGUGAGUUUUGCCUCUAUAUUUUUAAAUUCUUACUUGUAUUUGAAAUUAAAAUAGUAAAAAUUUUAUUAUUUUUGAAAAUUUGUGUAAUUAUUUUGUAACUGAGUACUUUUCACGUGUAUUUAUAAUAAUUAUUUUCCUACGGAAUGGCGUUGGCGGUAGCAGGAAUUUGCCGCCAGGCUGGUUCUCUACAGAUCAAGAACCCGAGGAGUCCUCUGUCUUCUUUUGGCCUGACGGUGAUAAGACAUUUUGCGGCUAAAAUGGGUCUCCCACGUGUGUAUUUCGAUAUGACUGCUGACAAUCAACCCGUUGGAAGAAUUAUAAUGGAACUGCGGAGCGACGUUGUUCCCAAGACUGCGGAAAAUUUUCGAGCCCUCUGCACGGGGGAGAAGGGCUUCGGGUACAAGGGCAGCACCUUCCACCGCGUCAUCCCCAACUUCAUGUGCCAGGGGGGAGACUUCACCAACCACAAUGGCACUGGCGGCAAGUCCAUCUACGGGACCAAGUUCGAGGAUGAGAACUUCCAGCUGAAACACACCGGCCCGGGUACUCUGUCGAUGGCUAAUGCUGGGCCCAACACCAACGGGAGCCAGUUCUUUGUCACUACCGCCAAGACCAGCUGGCUGGACAACAGGCAUGUGGUGUUUGGGCAGGUUGUUGAAGGCAUGGAUGUGGUCAAGAAGAUUGAGUCAUUUGGAUCCCAGAGUGGGAAGACCUCCAAGAGGAUCGUGGUUGCUGACAGCGGACAACUCUAGAUCAGUAUUGCUUCCCUCGACCUGCUCCCAAGUUAUCUCACUUCAACAGGGAAUAACACUGCAUUUUCACAUUAUCUCCAGAUUAUGCUGUUUAGGCUGUUACGAGCGUGUAAUGGCUGUGACUAUGGUUUAACAAGUAAAUGGGACAGUUGCAUUUGAGUGCUGUAUUAAUUUCUAUUUUAUUUUAUUUUUUUGGCAUUUGUGUGCUGUAGGCACAAAUUCUUGGCUAGUGUAAAAACGAGUCCAGCAUUCCUUCCCCACAAAGACAUUAACGGCCGAGGUGGUGACUGUUUCGAACUGAGCAGUUGUAACUUUGAUGUGGAGCGUUGUCUCAUCCAUAUUGUACUAGCUGUAGCUCGUAGUUUAGCAGGCAUUCGCCACUGCUGCAUUGUGGCAGUUGUGAACAUGUGUUUUGAUGAGCACUUGAUGCUACGUGGCAUUGUUCUGUGAAACUUGCUAAAUUUUAUCAGUUGUGUGGGUUUCAUAAUUUAACUGGGAUUUUUUUUUUUUGUAUUUUCAAUACUUACAACCAACAUAUAUGUUAAUUUUGAGCAUGGUUUGCUAAUAUCUAAUAAUCAAAUAUUGUGCUGCUUUUAAUUCUUUGUACUGUUUAUCGUGAGAUUAGAUUUGAAAAAUAAAGGAAUAUGUUAAUGA